UCUCCACCGUCAUUCAUUUGCCCUUUAAAGAAAGACCAACCCUCCUCAAAUUUGUUCGUGUUCGAACAUCAAUAGAUUGAAACAAUCAUUCAAAUGGCUCAAAUUAGGGACGAGUACGGAAACCCGGUGCAGCUCACAGAUGAGCUUGGAAACCCUGUCAAAUUGACAGACGAGCUUGGAAACCCUAUUCACCUCACAGGCGUGGCCGCCACCACGGGAGGAACGGGAACCGGAACCGAAACAGACACCAGUGAAGGUAUGCAUGUUCCUGCCUCCGGAACCACUGGAGGUGGAGGGUAUGGAGAGCAUGGUGGCGCGCUGGGUGGUGCUGGAGCUGCAGCAGGGCAUGGCAUGUUUGGUGGCAAACAAACAAGUGAUCAAUCUCAUGGGUAUGGUGUCGGUGAGCACAGACAACAGCAGCCCCAUGGCAGUCUUGGUAGUGAACUGCGUCGUUCUGGCAGCUCAAGCUCGAGCUCUGAGGAGGAUGACGGGCAAGGUGGGAGAAGGAAGAAAAAGGGGCUGAAAGGGAAAAUAGAGGACAAAUUCGGUGGGAAGAAGCACAAGGACGAUCAGCAGCAAGCACAGACAGAUGGCCAUAGCCAUGGACAUGCAACCAUAGCUGUCGGAACCACCACCGUCACAACAGUCACAACCGAACCUGAGAAGAGAAGUAUGAUGGAGAAGAUCAAGGACAAGUUGCCUGGUCAUCGUAGCCACCACUAAUUAAAUUAGUUCUUCAAAGCGUUAAUUAGUAUAUGCAUGGAUGGUAAUAUUCUGGAAUAAGAAUGUACUGUGUGUAUAAUAAAGAACUGUUGCAUCUGUGUGUAUAAUAAAUAACUGUUGCAACUGUUCUAGCUGCAGAGUGCUUAUUUCCAA